AGUGUAAGCGCGCAUUGCGCGCGUUUUUACAUUUUUCUUUUAUUUCCAACGUUAUUUUAUUUCGAGAAAAGAGAACGUGUUUAUAUCUAUAUUGCUUUCGUAAAUCGUCAGGACAAUGAGCGACGACGACAUAACUAUAAUGGAAGUGGACGAGCCGGAGCCGAAGGCGUCGAAAGCGAGCCAGAGCAAGCCGGCGGGACACCUGCCGUGGAUCGAGAAGUACCGGCCUCAGACGUUUGCAGACAUCGUGGGGAAUGAGGAUACUGUCGCUCGGCUGGCGGUGUUCGCGCGCACGGGCAACGCGCCCAACAUCAUCAUCGCGGGCCCGCCGGGCGUGGGCAAGACCACGACGAUCCUGUGCCUGGCGCGCGCGCUGCUGGGCCCCGCGUUCAAGGACGCCGUGCUCGAGCUCAACGCUUCCAACGACCGAGGCAUCGACGUCGUGCGCAACAAGAUCAAGAUGUUCGCGCAACAGAAGGUGACACUGCCACCUGGUCGACAUAAGAUUGUCAUCUUGGAUGAGGCAGACAGCAUGACAGAGGGUGCCCAGCAGGCGCUGCGGCGCACUAUGGAGCUGUACUCGGCCACCACACGUUUUGCGCUAGCAGCCAAUACUUCUGAAAAGAUCAUUGAGCCUAUACAGUCCCGGUGUGCUGUGCUACGAUACUCCAAGCUUACAGAUGCUCAGAUACUUGCCAAGGUGGUAGAGGUAUGCGAGAAAGAGCAGCUCUCCUACACGGAAGAAGGCGUCAGCGCAGUAGUGUUCACAGCGCAGGGCGACCUCCGCGCUGCGCUCAACAACCUGCAGGCCACGGCGCAGGGCUUCAGACACGUGGCCCCGGACAGCGUGUUCAAAGUGUGCGACGAGCCGCACCCCAUGCUCGUACGGGGCAUGCUGGAGGCCUGUACCAGGCAGGAUAUACACGAGGCCUAUAAGGUGAUUGCAAAGUUGUGCAAACUAGGUUACGCGGCUGAGGACAUCGUAUCAAACAUCUUCCGCGUGUGCAAGACGCUGGAGGCGAGCGAGGAGCUGCGGCUCGCCUUCAUCCGCGAGGUGGGGCUGACGCACAUGCGCGUCGCCGACGGGCUGUCCGCGCCGCUCCAGCUGGCCGGCCUGCUGGCGAGGAUGUGCCGGGUGGCGGGGGGAGGGGAGUCGGACUGGUGACGUUGGAGGGUGUUGCCCAGUGUUAGGGGAACUAGUGAUGCCUUAUAAAUUACAACCAUUUAUAUGGAUGUGUGUGGUGUGGUGGUGCGGAUGGGCACAGUGAAGUGGCUAAAAAAUCGUAAGCAAACUUCAUGAGUGCAUUAUAGAGGUAAUAUGCCUAAAUUGAUUGAUGAAGACUUUCACCUUUCACAUUCAUGAAAUGACAUCUUCAAAUGGUCAUUGUGUUUUUAAUAGUAUACACAAAGUGAAGAAAUUAUUUGUACUGACUCUCCUUAGCUUUAGUGAGACAAUUAAGUUUAAGUUAUUCCAUAUGAAACCAGGAUUGUCUUGAAGUAUUCCAUGCCUUUAAAUAAUGUGUAAGAAUAAAUUGUUAUACUUUUUGGAUAAUACAGCACCU